AUGACGGGUAUAGAGGAUGUGCCCGACAAGAUCGAACCGUCCAAUCCGACCACAGUCUCUUACUGGAGAUCUGUCAUCGACCAAGGCGUCGUCACCCAGGAAAUCAUCGACUACGCAUACCCUGGCUUAGGAACAGAAGACGAGCCGUACGCGAUUUCAUGGAUCCCCGAGGACCCUGGCAAUCCAAUGAACUUCUGCUCUGUCAAGAAAUGGUCCAUUACCAUGCUGGUGGCCCUUGCGACAUUUGCCGUGUCUCUCAUCUCCUCGGCGUACACGGGCGGAGUGCAAGAGAUUAAAGAACAGUUCCGUGUCGGCAACGAGAUAGCGACGCUAGGUAUUUCGCUUUUCGUUCUAGGUUUCGCGAUCGGACCGUUGGCUUGGGCUCCGCUGAGUGAACUGUUCGGCCGUCAGAUCCUCUUCAUCGCGACCUACUGUGCCCUCACUGCCUUUACGUGUGGCAGCGCUGGAUCCCAGAAUAUUUGGACGCUCCUUGUCCUUCGUUUUCUUGCCGGUUCCUUCGGUUCCUCGCCCCUGACCAACGCUGGUGGCGUCAUCGCAGAUAUGUUCCAUGCCAAGCAGCGAGGUCUCGCUAUGAGUAUCUUCGCUGCUGCGCCAUUCCUAGGUCCUGCUUUGGGCCCGCUCAUCGGUGGGUUCCUAGGCAUUAACACCAGCUGGAGAUGGGUUAUGGGUUUUCUUGGUGCCUUCUCGGGUGCUGUCUGGAUCCUAGGUACAUUGCUUAUCCCCGAGACUUAUGCACCGGUCCUACUGCGUCGACGCGCCGAGAGACUGUCCAAGAUAUCCGGCAAAGUUUAUCGCAGCAAGCUUGAAAUUGACCAAGAAAAUAUUUCCCUCCAGGAGGCUUUCAAGAUUGCGCUGUCUCGUCCCUGGAUUCUUUUGUUUCAGGAGCCGAUUGUCUUCCUUCUGUCCUUGUACAUGGCUAUUAUUUACGGUACCUUGUUCAUGAUGUUCGCUGCUUACCCGAUUGUCUAUCAGUUGGGUCGCGGCUGGAACCAAGGAAUUGGGGGUUUGGCGUUUUUGGGAAUCCUGAUUGGCAUGACUAUUGCUGUGGUUUACACGCUUUUCGACAACAAGCGAUACGUCAAGGUCCAAGACAAGCACGAUGGAUUCGCACCUCCCGAAACCCGCCUAGUGCCCUGCCUGAUUGCCUCCAUCACAAUUCCCAUCGGCUUGUUAUGGUUCGCGUGGACUAACUAUCCCUCAAUUCACUGGAUGGCUAGUAUUGCAGCCGGCAUUCCCUUCGGUUUUGGAAUGGUUUUGGUCUACCUGAGCAUCGUGAACUACCUCAUCGACGCGUACACGAUUUUCGCUGCAUCAGUUCUAGCCGCCAACACAGUCCUCCGUUCGUUGUUCGGUUUCGCGUUCCCUAUGUUCACCUCAUACAUGUACCACGACUUGGGUAUCCACUGGGCAUCUUCAGUCCCCGCAUUCCUCGCACUCGGCUGUGUACCCUUCCCGUUCCUGUUCUACAAGUAUGGCCCGGCCAUUCGGCAACGCUGCAAGUUCGCUGCCCAGUCAGAUGCAUUCAUGCACAAGAUUCAGGAACAGGCGAACGCCACUGCCCCGUUGGAUGAUGAAACGGAACCGGAAUUCGACCUCACCGAGGCGCCCGCUCCGCGUGCUUCCAUGUCUGACAGCGCUAGCCAGUCCGAUUCUAAUGUGGAAGGGCUACCGUUCACCAAGCGCAUCCGCAGCCAUGCGUCCACGCGCACCGCUAACUCCUUGAAUCUCCAGCCUACUUAUGAGGGUAACCCGUACGACAUUGACCGUGUCAACACCCGCGAGUCCUUCAAAUAG